CUUCACGCUCACCUGCUCUCACUUUCCUUACUAGUCUUUCCCGACCUGCCCAGUUACUUUGUUCAGUUCGUCUUCAUCUUUGCUUUGGAGCUCUGUUCCUCCUGUGCUUGCCUGCCUGAUUUUUGGGACUCUAACCUGAUGCAACAGGUUGGACUCAGUCCACUGAGAUGCUACUGAGCGAUGGGGAUGGGUCAGAGAAGGAAAUCACGCCGGUGAGGCAAUCAAGCCGAACGCCAGCCCCCAUAAACCACUGCAGCUACACCGAGUGACGCAGCCAUGCCCCGCCUGCCCUCCUGAUUGUCGUCCCCGACCUCUGCACCUUCCCUUGGUCAAAUCAGUCACAGCAGCCCCAGCAACUCCCCGUCAAGUCAGCAUGGCUACACCCUUUCUGUGGAAGCUGUCGUCCCAGAAGCUGGGCUUUUUCCUGGUCAGCUUCGGGUUCAUCUGGGGCAUGAUGCUGCUGCACUUUACCAUCCAGCAGCGAGCCAGCCAUGAGAACAGUGCCGUACUGAGGCAGCAGAUCCUGGACCUCAGCAAGCGUUACAUCAAGGCCCUGGCUGAGGAGAACCAAAGUGUCAUGGAUGGGCCAUAUGUGGGUACCAUGACAGCUUAUGAUUUGAAGAAGACCCUGGCAGUGCUGCUGGAUAACAUCAUGCUGAGGCUUGGCAAGCUAGAGUCCAAGGUGGAAAACAUCUACAACGGCACGGGGGGCAACCUAACCAACGGCACCAGCACUGCAACACCCAGCGGCACAAACUCAGAGAAAGUAAACGUGGCAGACCUCCUAAAUGGAGCCCAGGAGAAGUGCGAGCUGCCGCCUUUGGAGGGUUUCCCUCACUGCGAGGGCAAGAUCAAGUGGAUGAGGGAGAUGUGGCGCUCAGACUCCUGCUACGGCAACUACGGCGUGGAUGGAUCCACCUGCUCCUUUUUCAUCUACCUCAGCGAGGUUGAGAACUGGUGCCCACGCCUGCCCUGGAGGACAAAGAACCUGAAUGACGAAAUAGACAGGAGGGGACAGGCGGAGGUCCGGACCAGUUUCGAAGAGCUUUACCGUGUGAUGUCACAGCGCGAGGAGUUCCGCUGGAUGAUGCUGAGGAUCAAACGCAUGGCUGAGCCGUGGGUCAGCGCCAUCCGCUCGCUGGCUGCCAAGCAGAACCUGGCCAGGCGUCGGAGGAAGAAGAUCCUUGUGCACUUGGGCCUGCUGACCAAGGAGUCAGGCUUCAAAAUAGCAGAAAAUGCCUUCAGUGGUGGCCCGUUGGGCGAGCUGGUCCAAUGGAGCGAUCUCAUAACCACGCUGUACCUGCUGGGACAUGAUGUUCGCAUCUCCGCCUCCCUGGCUGAGCUCAAAGAGAUCAUGCGCAAGGUCAUGGGGAACAAGUCCAGUUGCCCAACCCAGGGUGACAAAGUGGUUGAGCUUAUCUACAUUGACAUUGUGGGCCUCACCCAGUUUAAGAAGACGCUGGGACCCUCCUGGGUCCACUACCAGUGCAUGCUGCGGGUGCUGGAUUCGUUUGGGACGGAACCAGAGUUCAACCACGCCCACUACGCACAGUCCAAGGGUCACAAGACACCCUGGGGGAAGUGGAACCUCAACCCGCAGCAGUUCAACACCAUGUUCCCUCACACCCCAGACAACAGUUUCCUGGGCUUCGUGGUGGAGCAGCACCUCAACGCCAGCGACAUCAGGCACAUUGAUGACAUCAAAAGGCAGAACCAGUCAUUAGUCUACGGCAAGGUCGACAACUUCUGGAAGGACAAAAAGAAAUACCUUGACAUCAUCCACAGCUACAUGGAGGUUCACGGCACAGUGCACGGUACCAGCACUGUGCACCUGCCAAGCUACGUCAAGAACCACGGCAUCCUGAGCGGCCGAGACCUCCAGUUCCUCCUCCGAGAAACCAAGCUGUUUGUGGGUCUGUCCUUCCCCUAUGAGGGUCCCGCCCCUCUGGAGGCCAUCGCCAACGGCUGCGCUUUCCUCAACCCCAAAUUCAACCCUCCGAAGAGCAGCAAGAACACCGAUUUCUUCAAGGGCAAACCCACUCUGAGAGAGCUGACCUCUCAACAUCCAUAUGCUGAGGUGUACAUUGGUGAGCCCCAUGUGUGGACGGUGGAUAUCGAGAACUCUGCAGAGGUGGAGAGGGCCAUCCGCUCCAUCCUCAGCCAGAAGAUUGAGCCCUACCUGCCCUAUGAGUUCACCUGUGAGGGGAUGCUGCAGAGAGUCAAUGCCUUCAUUGAGAACCAGGACUUCUGCCACGGUCAGGUGAUGUGGCCUCCUCUCAGCGCCCUGCAGGUCAAACUGGCUGAUCCAGGCCGCUCCUGUAAGCAGGUCUGUCAGGAGGAGCAGCUCAUCUGCGAGCCGUCCUUCUUCCAGCACCUCAACAAGGACAAAGACCUGGCCAGGUUUGGCGUGGACUGUCAGACGGUGGAGUCCAGCGCCGACACAGUGGUCCCGGCCUACAGCGAAACUCGCCGCCACUGCAUCUUCCAGUCUGACCUGCUGCUGUUCAGCUGCGCCGGCGCCCACCAGUCAUUGCGACGCAUCUGCCCCUGCCGUGACUACAUGAAGGGCCAGGUGGCGUUGUGCAAAGACUGUCUAUAGCACCAACACACAGGCUGAUUGGGGGGGGGGGCCUGACAGAGGCUCUGGGGGGUUAAAUGAAGUUGGAGCAGCUUAACAUGUGUGUGAGUGUGUUUGAGAGACAUGCAACUGUCGAACACACACAACAGACUUUUUCAUUCAUGGGACAGCGUAUGUUCAUCAUAUUUAUUGUUUCCUCCAGCUGCUGGAAGUGAAGCAGCCAAUCGGAACAUCCGUCAACCCUCUGAUUCACCGGUGGUGGCGCCGCGACUCCUGGAAGCCGUGUAAAAUUACUUGAAUCAACAAAGGGAGUCGUCUUAGACUUACACACUGCAGCAGAUGAGCUCUCUGCUGCGUCCUUGGAAGACUGCACAUAUCAGUGACUGCCUGUUUGUCUUCAGGUUCAUCAGGGCAGCGAGGGACCAAGGAGACUCAGCCGCCCCUUCCUGACAGCCGCCCCGCCCCCUCCAUCCACCUCCCCUUGGUUUAAAUCUUAAACUGUUUAUCCUUUAGGUAGGUUUGCACUGGACUGGCAUGCCUGAAGGCCCACAUACAUACACACACACACAAACACACACACACACACACACACACACACACGGGGCCAAAAUGGCGGCUAAAGAAGAACCCAGUUUUACACUGUAACCAACUCGUUCCUCUCCUCCGGACAGAGGUGAUGAGAGUGGACAUGUAACGUAGAUAUCUAGAUUUUUAUUCUGGAGGAUUUAGCAUUUCCUGACACACACCCCAGACUUAAAGCGAUCCUCAUUCCCCCGUUGAAAGACAGGAAAGUCCAAGUUUCAUACGUUCACUUUUAAAUUGCACACUUGUUUUAAACAACUGAUGAUUUAUUUAACAGAGAGUUGAGUGUGUGUGUUUCUACAAGAGGCCAGUAGAGGAGUGUUUUUGUUUGACUGUUUCAGCACACCAUCCGGUACUACGCACACACCAAGAGGUGAGGAUCAGGGAGGGGGCGAGGGUCGUUCUCUGUAGCUGAAGCUGCUGCGUACAGGGUCGCCGUGUCGUAGGAUUUUGUGACGUUGUGUUGUAGAUGAUAGAGCGUCGUCAGUAGCAGUGGUAACAACUAGAUGCACUGCAGCCCAGGCGGGGAAGCCUUAACGCGUUUUCCAAAGACGCCACAGCCUGCAGAGAAACAUGCUUGUCCGUGUCUUUAUGUACACAGAAAUACAAAAAAGCAGCCAUGCUCAUUUCCCAUCGACGAGACACAAGCUGGAAAUCUUUUAAAGCAACCUAUAAGUAACAAAGACAUGCCAACGACGUGUUCCUGCAACGCAAAACCUAGCAACUCCAUUUCCUUUCCAUAAUUGUUAGGAUAAUAAUUUGCCUGCAGAUUUGCAAAGAAAAAAAUUCAGAUAAAAUUCGUAGUUCUUGUGUUGAAUGGAACAAAUGCACUACGGUAAUCUAUUCGCAGAGGUUUAACAAGAUAUUAGUAACACUGUAUAUUGUUCAUAUGGGUUUUAAAGUUUCUUUUUUAUUUAUUUUGUAUACAGAUCUUUAUCUCUGUUUGCUGGAAGUCUUUGUUUUUUUAUUUAUAGGAGGGUGUCUUUUUUUCCUUUUAUAGAUUUUUAUUUAUGGAGAGUAAUUUAAAAAAAACAAACAAAAAAAGCUUGCCUGUCUUCAAGUGUAUGACUGAGAGUGGGAGGCUUUGUCCGCUUCUGUUCAGCUCUCAGCAGUGAUGUGGAGACAAGUUAUAUUUAGGGCCCAGACUCUGAGCCCAGAUGAAUUGCUUUGCAUUUUAAAAGAUGAUGUUUAGCAAUUAGAAGAAUGCAAUUUGAUAUUUUAUUCCUUAAAAAGCUGAAGAAUUGCAUGAGGAUUGGUUUUAAAGUAAAAUCAUUUGUCUUAAAUUAUUUUAGUCAGGUUUUAACUGCAGAAGUCUUUUCAUCAUCACUGUUAAAUAAUACUGCACCCACAAAAUCAUCAUUUGUAUAGGAGUGAUUUGUUUUCCUCACAUGCUUCCACAGUAAACAGAAUCCAAAAAAGGCGAACAGUCUUCAUGAAUUGAAGAGAGACUGCGUUUAACAGCAAAACUACAUCCAAUCAUCUGAUUACAGACUUUCACACAACACAUGUAAUAUCCCAUCGUGUGCUCAGGGCUUCCCAAACACAUGCAUGUUUAAUAACAUUUCACAUGCAACAUUACAAAACACUGCCACCUAGCAGUAGCGUGCCCUGAGUACAUGUGGACCCAGGCUGGAUAAGGUAAGGUACAACUUUAAUGUCCCUGUGGGGCAAUUUGAUUUGAUGAGACUGUUUGCACUGACCUGUUUUAAAUUAUAAUGUUUUAGUGACAGCAUGUGUCAGGGAGGCACUGAGCGUACGACUGGAGUCCUGAUUUCUUAAAGUUUCUUUUUUACCUGGCUCUAUGUGAAGAAGUCAUCACCCCCUUGUUAAAUCACAAAUUAACUGUGAUUAACCACAUUUUUUGGAAAGCUGAGUUCAAUUUCACGAGACACACUCAGGCCUGAUUACUAGGUGUGUAUCCCGUUACAUCCAGCGUAAAACUAACACAGCAUUAUGUAAAAAGAACAUCAUACCAACAGUCAAACAUGGUGGCGGUUGUGUGAUGGUCUGGGGCUGCUUUGCUGCUUCAGGACCUGGACCACUCGCUGUAAUUGAUGGUACCAUGAAUUCUGCUCUCUACCAGAAAAUCCUGAAGGAGAAUGACCUCAAGCUCAAGCCAAUUGGGUUAUGCAGCAGACCUGAAAUGACCCGAAACAGACCAGCAGGUCCACCUCUGAAUGGCUGAGUGGCCUAGUCUAAGUCCGGACUUAAAUCUGAUGUAAAAGACUCAUCGCCAGUUAGUGCAAACAAUUGAUUGCAGUUGUUGUCGCCAAGGGUGGUGCAACCAGUUAUUAGGUUUCAGGGGCAAAUACUUUUUCACACAGGGCCAUGUAGGUUUGGAUAGCUUUUUCCCUUAAUAAAUGAAAUUAUCAUCAUUAAGUAUGACAAAUAAGCAAAAAAUUAAGAAAUCAGGAAGGGGGUAAAUACGUUUUCACAGCACUGUAUGUGUUGAUACAGUCUUACUGUUGUUAAACGCAGUCGUUCAUGAAGCACAUUCGCUUUUUCUGGAUUUUCUGUUCGUCAUGGAGGCAUGAGUUCAAGAAAACUCCCAGUGAGUAAGUGAUUUACACAUGAUCACUCUGCAGGUGAAGUACUCAUAAAGAUGGACAGCAGUGGACAAAACGCCUCAUGUUAUUGUGAACGCCAGCAGGAGCCUCAUACACUUUGUGCUUUGAUUUCCAAUCUCAGUUUUUCUGUUUGCACAUGUGUAAAUUCAGACUGAAUGACAACUGUACUUUGUCGCUGUGUCUGCUCAGACUGUUUUUAUGUUUUCUUUUUGUUUUUUUUUACUUUUGUAAACAGGUCAGUGAUCUGCUGCCAAGUUAGUGUUUUAAAGAACAUGAUGUGCCUUUUCAUGGUUAACUUUGGUUCUGCUUCUGUUUCGUUAUCAGUGAGCUGUUUGGGCCUGACAGUUGGCCAUGGCGUGUCAGGUCAGCGUCACUUGAACCUAAAAAAAGAAAAAGAAAAAGCUCACACCCUCGUGAUCGAGCCUUCAGUCCCAAAUUUAACUCCACAGGUCCACAGGUCAGCUAAAGGAAUCUGUUGUCUGUUUACUGAAUCAGUUUUAUGAAAUCAUUUUAUUUAUUCUGAUCUAUCUCCUAUUUAAUACAAUUAUAAUCAGUCCAAACCUUGUGAUCUGUUAAACUGGGUCAAGUUGCUCUGGUUUGGAGAAGUGUGGUGACAGGAUGAGAAAGGAUAACACCAGUGUUCAUUCAGCUAACUGGAUUAUACAGGAUAGGAUUUUUCUAUCUUUGAAACUUAAGUUAAGACAGGACAAGCAGUUGGAUAUUUUUCUGUCAUGACGCCCCUUGUGAGGAGUCAGAUUAAUGCAGAACAUGUGUGAAGCAUCUGAUUUACUCACAGCCCUGUGUUGUGUUGCUCCCCUGCAUGACACCUCCUGCAGUGUGGGCUCAGACUCUACAAAGGUUGAAGCAGUGACACAGUUAAGAAACAACAGUGGUGUUAUCCUUUCAUUUUAAAGAUAUGGCUCAUGAUAUUCUACAGUUUUGUCAGUCUGUGACUCAAUACUUCCCCAACAGGAAGGAACGUGUAGAAUAUCGCCAGACUUAUCCGAAUCCACAGUGAAACUUGGCUUCAGUUGUUCAAACCUUUGUCGUCGGAGUGAAAGCCUUAUUUCCUUUGUGUCAGUCUAAGCAUGCUGUCCAUCAAUUAUCAGCUGUUUGAUUUCAAGGAAACUAAAUAAUUUCCUCACCAUAUCUGUCUGUGUUAACCUCGGCAUCAAAUGUCUCCACUGUAUAAAACAACACAUGCUACUUAGUCAUCCGAACAUGUACCAAUCUUUGUGUUUCAAUCUCGACCUUGUUUGAAUCUGUCCGUCAGCAUCUUAGCAUCCAGUGACUGAAACAACAGAGUGGUGAUGAUUGUGGUCCAAGCAGCGGAAGGCGAAUAACGCAAUGACAACAUUUUCUUUUUUUGUUUUCACAGUCCUUUGACGAGUAAGAGGGAUAUAACUUUAUUUUUAAAUAAACCUUUUUUCUGUGACAAAAGG